CCUUGGUCUCUUCAAUUGUCCCCAACAAGACAGGAACGUCAGACGACUGAGGCACCUGAAGGAAUGUGGAAGAGUUCCUGACGAGCCAGAAGUGCUGAGCAGCCAUGGGUUGGACCCCGAUCACUACACUUCCUUUGACAAAUGAACUACCAACUCAGUUCCUUAUUCUUGUAGAACAUGAUUCAAGUGCUGAUACUUCUUCUGCUGCAGCAGGCAGAGAAAGUGAGUGCUGCCUGGUCGGUGACCUUUGAGAACCCGGAUAUUUGUGCUUUGAGGGGGUCUUCGGUGGAGUUCAGGUGUUCGUACAGCUACCCAGACGAGGAAUCCGUCAGACAGACCGCAUGGGACAAAGGAAAGAUUCAAAAUGGCAUCUUGGAACGCGUCAGGCUUUCAGACCUUCCGUCAUAUAAUGGUCGAUUUGAGUAUCAAGGUGAUCAUGCACACAACUGCAGCCUGGUUUUACGUGACCUUCAGGAGAACGACACUGGAUAUUACUUCUUCUGGUUUGACACAGACAAGUUUGGACGGCGCAGUAAGAAGUCAGUGUAUCUCUCUGUCACAGGGCUGGAAGCUAGCGUACGCUCCAACAGAGUGAGACUCGGAGACAGUGUGACCCUUGACUGUCGGACAGAGUGCCAAACCACCAAAAUAAUCUGGUUCAAAGACGGACGUCCGGUGGCAGAACCAACAUUUCAGGCUCAGAUUACAGAUACCGGAAACUAUUCAUGUGCUUUUGAGGGAAUAGAAUCCUCACAAUCAAGUCCUGUGGCUCUGGAUGUUUGGUAUCCUCCUCUGAACGUAUCCGUUGAGGUGAACCGCUCUGACCCUCUGCUGGUCGGCAGCAGCGUGACUUUGACCUGCAGAGGUUCUGCCCGCCCUGCUGCGAUUACUUACACCUGGUGGUACAGCAGUGAUGUCUCCAACUCCAGCACUGAGCUCCCGGUGGGCUCAGGGCAGGUGUUGAGCAUUUCCUCCGUUGAGCUGACCCACACUGGGACGUAUGUCUGCCAGGCCGAGAACCGUGUGGGCCAGAGCCGUUCAGCUCAGCUGCUGCUGACGGUGGAAGAAAUGGUCCAUCCUUUAAUUGUCCUUGGAAUUGGAAUUAAAGUGAUUAUUCUGCUUGUGCUGCCACCGAUUCUCAUCUGGGUCUGGAAGUGUCGGUCUCGUUCUGAUGCAAAGAAUGAAGAGAAUACCAGCAAUGACUAUGAAAAUGUGAUUUUUGGAUGAAAGAACAACUGCUCUGAAAUCCCUAGCAUGAGAAAGGAACCAAAGGAAAGGAAUCAAAGUAACUUUGCACUGAAAAGUCUCAACACGUGGAGAGAAAAUGCUUCCUGAUGCUUAGCUAAGCUGCAUGUCAAUGUCCAUUUUCCUUUUCCUGUGCAACAUUCAAUGGAUUCUGAACGUAGUACGGAUAUUUGUUAUUUCAAACCAUACUGAUGUUUUUCAUACAGGUUGGUUAUUUGUAUGCUAAAUUCAAAUAUUCGUUUAUGUUGCAGUCAUUGGUAGAAACGGUUCCGUUUUAAGCUACGCAGCACUGACCCCUUGAGUUUGAAUUAAUGUCUAUAGAUCCCAGCAAACAUAAAAAUGUUUCGUCACUUUGAAAAUUAUCACGAGUUCUCCAUGGAAAUAUUUAUGAAAUUUGUCCAGUGGUCUGGAUUAGAUCCAAUAAGGUUCACCUUUUUUCGUAGUUUGUUUUUAAUGGUAACUGAAAAUUUCUAGCUUCAUAAAUGUGCGGUUUUUAAUGCACAUAACUUUCACACCUUUAAUUUUUCUUAUUUUUAAUUUAUUUGACAUGUUGUACUUUCCAUAAUGUGCACACUGGAUCGCAAAGUUUAAAAUGUGAAUUUACUGCAUGGGAAAGAGGGAAAUGAAAAAACAAAGACAAUGUAACUUAAUUCACACAAAAAAAGAGAGCACUUUACAGGUUGAAAAGGCCUUUCCUAAAAAUAAACUGAGGCUAAAAUCUCCAACUAGCUGAAAGGGCAGGAAGCAGAAUCACUGUCCUCCUGGUGGUCAUCCUCGCCCCACUCUUCUUCAGGCCCUGCUCAGUAUCUGAAACCUAAAGUUUACUACAAAUAUAGAAAUAAAUCUGACUGAGGUUUUUUUU